AUGCCGCGCGCAGUCCGAGGCUUGCUCAUCGAGUGCGAUCCCUCGAUCAAGGCGAUGAUCCUGAAAUACGACGAGGAGCGCCACGACUACAUUGUGGAAGACCUAGACGAUGAAAAUCAUUUGGUCAUCAAGGAGAGCCAGCUGCAGAACCUGAAGGCCCGCUUGGAUCAGGACCUCGACGAGAAGAUCAUGCAGCUGGAGGAGUCGGAGUCGGAGUAG